AUGGAUUCCCUCUAUGAUUUAAGAGAUAAGGUCUGCGACGAGCAGAACAGCUUACCAGAUGACAUGAGUGUGAGUCAAGCUUUUGACGAGACUAGUGGCAACUGUAGUCUACAUGCCGACGCAGUCAAAGUGGAGAAGGAAGAUCUUGUGGUUGCUGACCAAAAGUCUUUAAACCCUGAAGAGACUAGAAUUGACUCGGCACUUGUAGAUUUGAGUGUUGAAGAAGGUCUCACCGAAACCCAAGUAGCUGAGGAAACCACAAGGAAGAGGAAAGGGGAAUGGUCAGAUCAAGAGAAAAUUGGAAAGAAACGAGCCAUUGAUCUUAAUCAAUCUGCUGAUGCGGAUGAUGAGAGUAACGAGGUUGAAGAUGUUGUUGCUUCACCUAAAUCUGAAUCUUGUGCAGUUUUACCUAGAGAAGAAAAUGAGACGGGUAAUAAAUCUGUCGAAGAUAUGGGAAAUGCAACUGCCGAAACUGAUAACCUGAUUGAUCUUAAUCAGACAGCUGUUUCUGAGAUUUCUCCACCAAGAUCAGAAUCUUUCGCAGUUUCACUUGGAGAAGAGCUAGAAGAUGUUGAUGUUGGAAAAGAAGAUGAGAAAUCUCUCGAGGAUGUGGGAAGAGAGAAUGUUGAAUCUUGUCCAAUCUCAGCAAGUGAAAAUCUUGACAAUCCUCUUGUGGCAGCAACACAGAAAGCAAGUGAGGAAGAUUAUGUGGUGUGGUCUUGGUUACUCUGUUGUGCAAAUCGGACUUUUCAUCAGACUAACUUUAUGGGAGUUUUCUUGGGAUGUGAUGGAGCCGGUCACGUUUUUUACGACAGCGACUGGGAUUAUCGUUGGUUAUGCUUACUUCUUACUGAUUUCAAGAGACCCGACUUAUCGAGAUUUCAUGAAGCUAUUGUUUUUUCGAGGCAGAGGAAGCUGCUCAAGAGUCGCAAAAUUGAUAUUGAGAGGUUUAAGGAGCUUGAGAGGAAGUGGAAGAUGACUUCUUCGUCCUUCUUCUUGGUCUGCUUCUUACCACGCAUCGGUUCAGAAUCGUGUUGGUGUUGA